AUGGAAGAAGUUGGGAAGAACCACAGCUCUUCCAGAAGGUGGCCGUCAGCCACACUAAGCAAUCAGGGGACAGGGGACAUGGCAAGAGACAUGUGGUCAUGUGGGCUGAGCUCAAGAGAACCUAUGCGGAGGUGGAAGGAACUUCCAGAAGGACAAUUCACCAAUCUGGGCUUUAUGAUGGAGGGUCCAGUUAAAGACUCAUGGAAGCCCCCGCCACCCAGAGUAUCCUUAGAUCUGAUGAAACCAAGGAUAACCUCUGUGGCCGGAGCACUAAGGAAACCAGGCCACCCUACUCACCUGGGCCGUCCUCGCAGCAUGGAGUUCAACUACCUGUUCAAGGACCUCUCGACCACCGCCCACGUCAGACAGAGUUACAUCUCGGUCUUCUCUCCAAAGAUCCGGCUGGUCCUCAUCUGGAACUUCUGCUUCGCCUUCGUCGCCUACGUGUCUGUGCUGCUCACCCUUUAUGAGGUGUUCUUUGACACGACGGAGCGCUUCCUGUGGGUCAUCAAGUACUUCCUCGACGCUCUCUUCAUUUUGAACAUCGUCUCCCAGUUCUACAUCGGCUACGAGUCCCAAGGCGUGGUGAUCAUGGACGAGAAGCUGGUGCGGAAUCACUACCUUCACCGAUGGUUCAUCUUGGACGUCAUCUCCAUUUUACCCAUCGAGGUCUUUGCUCUGACACACCCUGAGUGGAAUAUCUGGGAGGUUUUUCCUUACUGGCGUCUCAAUCGGCUCUUCAAAACCGUGCAGAUCUUCAGGUUUACAAUGUCCCUCAGGAAGGUGCCGGAGUUCAACAAAAUCCACGUGGCCAACAUUUAUUUUUUCUGCGUCAUAACUCUCACCCUGCACGUGUUUUCCUGUUUCUGGUACUUGGUGGCCUGCACGCCUCUCCAUGACGAAAAGACGAGGAACUGCGGCGGCAAGAAAUCCUGGCCGAGUCUGCUGACAAACGAUGGUGGAUUCAUGAACAACUUUUCGACUUUUGAUGCCUACGUGACGUCUCUUUACUGGGCUGGCAUCACAUUCACGACAGUCGGGUAUGGCGAUGUCUAUGCCAGGAACGUCAGGGAGAUUGCUGUCUCGGUUGUGCUAAUGUGCACUGGAAUGAUCCUCCUCAGUGGCUUCAUCAUGGCGGACAUGAGCUCCAUCAUCACAAAUUUGGAAGCUCGCAAGGGCAGGUUUUACACCAGGCUGGAAUCCAUCAAGUUGUACCUGGAGGACAUCGGCGUAGCCGAAGACAUCAGGAGUUGGAUUUCCAAGUUCUACAGUUACAUGUGGCAUCACCGCAAAGGCGCUGUCAUUUCAGGGCUACUCGACGACCUCCCGUUCACACUCCAUGCUGAGAUCUCGGUCACGGCAGCCAAGGUGCUUCUGAAGAAGGCUCAUCUCUUUGAUGGAACCGGAGACGGGUUCAAGAGGUCCUUGUCGAUGCACAUUCACCCGUACACGUACAGUGCUGGCCAGAUCCUGGUGAGGUACGGCGAAGUGAGCAGGACCAUGUACUACCUGAAGCACGGGCUCGUCCAGGUGCUCGGUGAAGAUCCAGAAGAUAAAGUGGCCACCUUGUUACCUGGAUGUCUCUUUGGUGAAAUAAAUUUGAUCUUCAGGAUCCCCAGAAAUGUGACGCUCUGUGCCGCCACGACCUGCGAGAUUUAUCUCUUACAUCAGGAUGACCUUCUGAGUUUGUUCCCCGACUUUCCGGAAGAUGGAGAAAAAGUAAGAGAAGCUGCCAACACGCGUCUUUUCAACUCCAUUUAUCCCCUGAAGGACGCCUUUAAUUUUGGCAUCGCAAGCAACCCUCAGUCUGUGGUUUUUCACAAGAACAUAGCGGACAAGCUGAAGAUCGAAGACCAGCACAUCUUCAAUAGCUUCGUGGCCAACGCCGAGAGCCAACUGGGCAAACUGCCAGGAGCCGUGAUGAAAACACUGGAAGGGUCCACAAAAAAGGUCUUUUGGAAGAAGACCAUCAAACCUGAUUCCUGGUUUAAAAAGUGUUGGACGAUUUUCUAUAUUUUGUGCCUUGUGAUUGGAGUGACCCUGGAAACCUGGGUGGUCCUGUUCACCCAAGUCUCAGAAGUGCCAGGUUUUUACUCGUCUCCUUCCAGACUGUUGCUCAUUUUGUUGGCCUACACCGUUGACAUCAUAGCAGUUGCAGACAUCAUCAUCACUCUUCGCACCCAAAUCAUAUCCAGGGAUGGAAACUUGUCAGAUUUAAGGAGCAUCUUCAAGAACUACAAGGAGUCCUGGAAUGUGCACUUUGACCUCCUCGCCAUUUUUCCUUUGGAGAUCUUCUCGUUUGUGCACAAGCAUCAAGUCAAGAGCUGGAACUUACUCGGGCUGCUGAGACUGAACCGUCUUCUUUGGAUCCGAAAGAUUUACAUGUUUUUUGUGAGCAUGGAAAACAAUCCGGAAAAGAACUUGUUCCUGUACAGAGCUCUGAAGAGCGCCUUCAUAGUCUUCUUCUCCAUUCACUUCAGCGGUGGGAUUUACUAUUUGAGUGGCUGUUAUUAUAUCAGCUGUGACAAUGGCACCUGGGUGGAUCGGAUGGGACUGUCCAUUUCUACUGAACCUCAGCACUACUCAAAAUCGAUCUACUGGUCGGCCGCCACCUUGACGUCAGCAGGGUAUGGUGAUGUGAGGGCCUACACGACACUGGAGAAGAUCAUCUGCAUCACCAUCGGCUUUCUUGGUGUCUUUGUCUUCAACUACUUUGUCAGUGAAAUCGGCGCCACUCUUGCCAGCACCAAUGCAGCCAGGGAAGCCUUUCAGAAUCGCAUCCGAGCGGUGGUGCAGUUUAUGGAGGCCCACGAGCUCAGCGAGUCCCUGCAGAUGAGGGUCAUCAAGUACAUGUGCCUGCUGUGGAACAAAUACAAGGGGCAGGCGUAUCCUGAAGGGCCUUUCUUGAUGAAGGAUUUGUCUUCUGAACUCCAGCAGUCUGUGCUCAUGACAGAGAGAGGGCAGCUGCUGUCCCGGCUUCCCUUUUUCAGCGAAGCCAACCCGGAGUUCAUCCAGGACCUCGCCUUUGCCUCCGUCAUGUACUUCUACCCCAAAGGCGAAAUCAUCCAGUACAGCGACACGGUCAGCCGGGAGCUCUUCUGCAUACGGAAGGGCAUCUGCGAGAUUUUGAGUGAAGAUCUCUCCAACAUCAUGGGCACCUUUACCCCCGGAAUGUACUUUGGAGAGCUCGGAUUUCUGUUUGGCAAGCCAUCGGUGGUGACUGUGCGUGCGAAAACCGUCUGCGACAUCCUAAUCACCGACUUUGAGCGAGUGCAGUCGAUCCUGCUGAAGUACCCGACUCUGCAGAAGCAGCUCGACUCGCUGCAGGACAACUCCACGUACUGCAAGACCCUCAUGAAGCACGUGGACAAUCUGGUGAAGGAGAAGCUGAAGAGGAAGAACGUCUUUGAAGAGAAGGUGGAGCGGAAGAAGCAGGUGCUGCUGCAAUAUCAGGGGCGCCGCUACUGCAAGAAGUCCAACUGCUAUGUUGAAGAUUUUGGGAAUUUUCCAAUUUAUGCUGGGAUGAAGGAAGAAACCGUGGAUGAGAGACUGAGGAAAACCAGCAGGAUUAAGCUGAUCCAGCACCGUCCCUCGUCGCUGAAGGAGAGCGUCGAAUUGUUUCUUCUCACAACGCUGCCUAAAAUGAUCCUGAUGAAGAAUGCCAUCCUGCCCAGUAACCUGCUCUACAUCAGAUGGGAGAUCUUCCGCAUCAUCAUCGCCGUGUUUGUCUGCGUCGGCAAUUCUGUCCUGUUUGCUUUUGCGCACACCAGCAUCACCAUUUGGGCCAUCUGCUAUUUUCUGCAGCUGAUCUCCUGGAUCGACAUUUAUGUGCGUCUGCACGUCGCCUUCUACCAGGGCAACAAGCUGGUCGUGGACACGCUGGAGACGGCGAGAAACUACGCCAGGUCGAGCUUUUUGGUGGAUUUCGCCUCGUGCUUCCCCUGGGAGGUCUCCUUUCUGCUCUUCGGCUCUCCGCGUUACGAGGGGCAGCUGCUGCGUAACGACAAGGCCCUGCACUUCUACGCGCUCCUCAGGACGACGCACAUUCUUCAGCUGUACCGCAUCCCGCUGGCCUUCCACUACUGGCAGUCUGGCAUCGCCACCGAGAAGGUUUCCGUCACCAUGUUUAAGUUCUUCAUCUACAUGGUGUUCUUCAUUCAUUUGUCUGCCUGCCUUUGCUUUGCCGUUGUCUGCAACCCCGGGACGGACUUUAAAAUCAAUCAGAACGAGACGUACACGUUCCCGGUGACCAAACACAUGUGCCAGCCGGGGUCCUGGGUGACGACUAUCGCAUCUCUCUACAUCAUCUCCUUCGAUGACGCCACUUUCUAUGAAGUGUACAGCACGUGUGUGUACUUUGCAGCAGCCACGGUUUUCACGGUUGGCUACGGCGAUUUGCACUCUGCUUCUUUAAGAAUGGAUCUUCUCCUUACCUGUCUAAUGGUGGUCGGUGCCGUGCAUUUUGGCUGGAUGGUUGGAGUGGGGACGUCAAUCCUUGCCAAUGCCAAUGCCGCCAGGACAUCUUACUCUGAGAGAGUCUCCUCCAUUCUUCACUUCUUAAAGAGCCAUAAUAUUACAGGGUCCAUACGAAAUAACAUUCUCAAAUACUACGACUUCAAAUGGAUCAAGACCAGCGGCAUCGACCCGGAAACUCUCUUCGACUACCUGCCAUCCUCUCUCCUUGGAGAUAUUUCCACGAUUGUCUACGCGGACCUCAUCACGAAGGCUUUCGGGCUGAACAUCUCAAAGAAGACCCAAAUGAAGAAGUACCAGAAAUCCGAGAAGUUAACCCCAACCCAGCGCUCGCUGUCUGGAAAGCUGAGUGGUCCCAUCUUACAGGAGACCCUCAGUAAGGAGAGCCUGACCAGCCUGGAGACGGACCGAGGAUUCAUCCGCUUGCUGUCCAAGCAGAUCCGGCCCUGUCUGUUCAGGGCCUACGACACCAUCUUCAAGAGCAACGACUACGCCGAGGAGGUGAGCACAACGGGGCCGGCCGAGGCCGAGGUGGGCACAGAAUGCGCAGGCGGGCACGGUCCAGGAGCAGGUAGCCUUGUUGACACAGGGGGGGCCGAGAUUGAAUUUGGCUUUUCCGAUCUCUGCCUGGCCGUCUACGUUAAUAACAAACAGAAGCAGAAACAGAAAAUGUAUUUCAUCGACAAAGGGGAGGUGGAGGUCCUUUCACAAGACGAGAGGCAGGUGAUGGUGACCCUGACGGCCGGCCAGUAUUUUGGAGAAGGCAGCCUGCUGUUUUCCGAGCCACAGAGCGCCACAGUCAGGGCAGCAACAAACUGCCAGCUUUAUGUGCUGACGAAGAAGAAGUUUGACGAGGCCAUGAAGUACUACCCUUACAUCUUAUCGGAAAUCAAAGAGGCCGCCCUGGUCAAGCAGAAGGAGAUCCAGGAGCUCAAAACCAAACUCCUCGAGCAAGAAAUGGCCGAAGAACAAAGCAGAAGCGCGGACGCCAAGGACUCCUCGUUGCUGAAGCUCUGCAUGCAGCAUAUGAAGGAACAGGCGGAGAUGAUGGAGUACAAGAGUCUGCCUCUGAGGGUCAAACUGAAGAAGAAAUUCCAGGAAUUUGUCAGGUCGCUCCUGCCGAACCUCAUCCGCAUCCAUAACUUCACGAUAAAUCCAGAGAAGCCCUUCCGGAUCGUCCUGCAGUACACGUCCUGCUUUGUGAACAUCACGUCUUUCUUGAUGCUAACAUACAUGCCGGCCGUCUUUAACAUCUCCAACACGGUGUUUAUGCUCAGCAUGAUUGUGGAGUAUCUGCUCAUGCUUGAGAUCUUCCUGAAGUUUCACAUGUGCUACUACGACGAGAACGGGACCUACGUGUACGAUUACCAGGCCAUCUCCAGCAAGUAUCUGAAGAGCAGGUCCGGCUUCAUCUUCGAUUUGGUUUGCUCCUUCCCGAUUGAGUUUCCGGCCUGGAUGGCGGUGAAGGAUGAUGAAUACAACACAAUGGGGAUCACCAUGACGAACGUCCGCCUGUUACACUGCAUACGCAUCAUCCGAAUUUACUUGUUCAUCGAAGACGAAAAGAAAGUCAUCACCAACAAGUCAGCGGGCGUUGUGAGUAUUUCUGAGUACCGUAUUUUGCUAAUCAGGGUGAUCGUCUUUGCUCUGGAGAUCAUCCUUUUUGUACACGUGUGUGCGGUGAUUUACGUCAAGAUGGAGUGUCCAAAUCAGUGCAAGCCGGUGGGAUGGUACGUCUCAGAAGACCUUCAAGACUACGCCGACAUCUACUCUUACGCCCUUUACUGGGUGGCAGCAACCUUUACGACAACUGGCUACGGUGACGUGCGGGCGACGGUUCCCUACGAGAUGUGGUACACGGUGCUCACGAUCGUGUUGUCUAAAGUCAUCGUUGGUUACAAUAUUGGGUCCAUCUCGGCCGCCCUGUCCAACAUGAAUGCCAAGCAGGUGCUGUAUGAGGAGAAGCUGCAGAUCAUUAAGGAGUAUCUGGACAACGAAGGCAUCGGGGGGUCCCUGAAGCAGCGCGUCAUGCACUUCUUCAAUUACCAGUGGGCUCGGAGCCAAGGCCUGGACUACGUCGUGGUCUUCAGCGACACUCCCAACUACAUGAAGACGGAGGUCUUCUCCAGGUAUGAGGGAGUAAGCGACGCAUCAAUGGAGCUCAGAGACAUGCGGGCCCUGGCAGAAGACUGA